CUUAUCUUGCAAGAUUGAGCAAGUUUAUGUUUUUUUUUGUGUAUUUUGAACUACUAGACACAGGUGGGUAUAUUUUUUUUUAUCAAAAAAAUUGUCAUAAGUAAAAAUUAUACACAGGUGGGUGUAUAAUUUUAUUUUCUUUAUCUGUAUUCAUAUGUACAUAUUUUUCAAAGAAAAAUUGUGAUAAGUAAAAACCGAAACUGGAACUGAAAUAUUAUUUUUCUUUUUGUAUUAUAUGAGGCUUCACAGCCUUUUCAUAGAUUUGUAGGCUGCUUUUAUGGCUCAUGGAUCUUAUUAUAAUCCUCAGGUGACAGCAAAGUCUUUCUAGGUGAACAAAUUACUAAGUAUACAUUUUUCUUUCUUCUGCUUUAGUUAAAAUGUUGGAUGACUAUUUUUUCUUGUUCAUAUCACAUGCCAAACAGAGUUAAGAGGCAGAAGUAAUGGCCAUAUUUUCAAAUUUGUAGAAUUAUGAUAAGUAGUAAUGAUAAGAGUUUUUGUUUUCUGUGACGAUGAGACUUCUUUUGUCCGAACCAAUGACCUCAAAGUGCCUUCAAGAAUACAAAUAAUCAAAGAUACCAGUCAAAUUUAUAAACUCAUAAAACAAAAGAAGAAAAUUCAAUGGACAUUAGUUGGUACUGUUUAGGAGAUCUCCCAAUCCCAACUACAUACUACAAAAGAAUUAUCCCUAAAAACAGAAGAGGAAAACAUGAUUUACUCAUCAGUGGUUCUAAGAGGUUGAGGAAGAAGAUAUUGUGUUGAGAUUAAGCUAAAGUGUUCUCCUGUGCAAUGACUUAAGAUACCUAAUGUAAUUAAGGAUAACUAUAGGUUCGUAUAAAUCUGUGUCUUUGUUUUUUUUUCCACAAUCUCCAUCUAUUUUUUUUUUUUUGAAACACGACAUUUAAUUGAUUAGGUGGAUUUUUUAGGAGAAAUGAAGGCAUCACCAACAACCAAGGUUUCAGAUACAAGCAGAUCAUCCUUUGCCAAUUUAUCAUCAACUACAUUCCUCUCGAGGUAUCUUAGAAAAACAAACACCGUCGAAAUUUGAGGCAUAUGCCAAAAUAUCAUGAACAGUUCUAUAGAGCUCGGCUAGGCAAGCUUCAGAGUUGAUUGUCUUGAUGAGCUGGGCUGCAUCAGACUCAAAGUGCACCAUCUUCAUAUGUGUCUUUGUUUUUUUCCACAAUCUCCAUCUAUAGAUCAUAAUUACUACCAUAAUAGAAUAUAUAAAUUAGGAGAAAUGUUACAUAUAAUCUAAUUCCUACAACGAGUAGAAUUGGUUUGUAUGCGUCAAUGUCUUUUAGAGACGAUAGGUAUUUCCCAGUUUUGAAUAUGGUCUGGCAAUAAUGUAAGUAACUGCCUAAUUAACAAAUUAAUCUAAAAUAUCAAGUUAGUGAAAAUCAUAAACUAUAUACUAAAUACUGUUUAUUUUCUUGCAUAUAUAUUGACAAUUUUUUUCAUAUAUAUUGACAAUUAAAUUGUUGCAUUCAGAAUAUAAAUUUUAUUUUGUUUAAAUUGUCACGCAAAACAUUAUUAAAAAAACAAACAUCAUUAUUAUACACAUCACAAACACAUAAUUAACCAGAGCUUCCAAAAUUCUUAUAGCCUAAAUAAAAAACUAAACGAACCGUGCACAUGUUCAAACCUUCCAUUCCACAAGUUUGUUGAAUAUGAAAAUUAUUCAUAGUUAUUACAAUUAAUUAUAACAUACUAGAUUCGCUCGGAUAAAUACCUUACCACUACGUGGACCUCUCCUUUUAUAUAUCAAUAUUUAUUUAUUUUUCAGUUUUUGAAGCCAAAAUUUCAAUAUUUGUUUAUACGAAAGCCCGCGCGUUAAAAAUGUUAACCCCAUUGAUAUUAACAUUUUAAACCUUUUCUUAUUACCUUUUCAACUAAUUACAAGAUUUAUUAAGUAGUCAUAUAAUCGUUAACCAUUAUUGCUAUACAGAAAUAAAUAGCUUAAUAAUACGUUUAACAUUAUAUAUGUAAGUUUUUAGUUUUAAGUAUAAUCGGAAUAUUAAUAAAUAAAACCAAAUUAUUUAGAUGUUAAUAUAUGAUAAAUCAAUGACAUUUAAUGAAUUCUUUUAAAAAUAUAUAAAAAAAACUCAACCAUAAUUUAAUACUGAUAUGAAACUAAAAAUAUAUAUACUUUCAUAUUCCAACAAAAGACAUAAUAUAAAAUUAUCUGAUAACAAAAAAAAAGUUACAUAAUGAAAUAAGAUAACUUAUACUAAAACAAAGAGAUUAAAUUGUAUAUACCGACAUAAUAAAAAUAGAACACGACUUCAUUAAUAAUCGAAACAAUCAUAUUAAAAAUUUUAGGAAAUUUCUAAUGAAAUUGACUUUGAGUUUGUUACAACAAACGAAUUCAGCAGAAAGAAAUGAUAAAAAUAUUAAAAGAAAUUACAAAAUAGCAUUCCAUACAUAAUUAAAAUAAAAUCAUUUUAACUAAAAAAUGUUAAAAAGAAAAAUGGGUAUAAUGUAAUAAAUUUCCACGCGAAACGCAUACUUAGCCUAGUAUCAUAUAUAUAGUAACGAGGGUCUUCUUAAAAAAAUUGAAGAAAAAUCUUUUUCCAAAAUUAUUUUUAUUCUAAAUAUUUAUAUAUAUCAUAUAUUUAUAAGAAAGUUUAAUAAUUAUCAUUUACCCUUUUAAAUGAAAUCUAAUUUAGUCAGUUUAAAUUUUAUGAGUUAAUUUAAGUACAAAAACAUGUUUUGGGCUAUGUGAACGUAUGUGAAGCCGUUUUGACAUAUUUUUAUAUUUGUUAACAUAUUAGAAUCAAAGGUAAUUAUUUGGGUUCCAGUAUACUAAUAUAUAUAAACCAGAAUCUUUGACCAACACAAAAACAAGAAUAUUAUAGGUUGUUAGUUACUGCAAAAUCAGAACUAAUUGCAACAAAAAUCUCCAGCUGUUAUCUUUUUGCUCCACUCUUAAAACACCAACCCUUUUAUCAUUUUCUUAAGCCAUCAAUCUAUCGAAACAACCACACAAGAAGAAAAGCAAAAAUGGUUGAACAAAAGAGAUUCGCUCUAUUUCUGGCUACGUCCGAUUCAGCGUUCGUGAAGAAGACGAACGGAGGUUAUUUUAAUGUGUUUGUUUCCACAUUCGGAGAAGAAGGAGAGCAAUGGGAUCUCUUCCGAGUGAUCGACGGCGAGUUUCCGGAGGAGAAAGAUCUUGAUAAGUACGAUGGAUUCGUUAUCAGUGGAAGCCUCCAUGACGCUUUCGGUGAGGCCGAUUGGAUCGUUAAGCUUUGUUCCCUUUGUCAAAAACUUGACGACAUGAAGAAGAAGAUUCUCGGUAUCUGCUUUGGCCAUCAGAUACUAUGUAGAAUAAAAGGAGGGAAAAUUGGAAGAGCAAGUAGAGGUGCAGACAUGGGGCUAAGAAGCAUAAGAAUGGCUAAAGACGCAGUGAAACCAGGUGGUUUCUUCGGAGAGAAGACUCCGAAUUCAUUAGCCAUUAUAAAAUGCCAUCAAGACGAAGUUUUGGAGCUCCCUGAGUCAGCUACACUGCUUGCUUAUUCAGACAAAUGCAACGUCGAAAUGGCCUCCUUUGGGAAUCAUUUCCUCAGCAUCCAAGGCCAUCCUGAGUACAACAAAGAGAUUCUAUUCGAGAUCAUUGACCGCGUAGUCAAUAUGAAGUUAAUGGAGCAAGAUUGUGCGGAUAAGGCAAAGGAAACGAUGAAAAACCGGGAACCAGAUCGGAAACAAUGGCAGACUCUCUGCAAAAGCUUUUUGAAAGGAAGAUCCGAGCAACUUUAAUAUAUAAAACAAUUUCUGUGGAAUGAAUAUUCAGAAAUGUUUCUAUCUAUUUAUGCAAUAAAUUUCAAAAUGUUAAGUUUAACGUCAGUUAAACGAUGAACAAAAGCAGCAGAGUUGGAUUAAAAUUAUAUGUAAUGAAUUUCAAAAUGUUUCAUCUAUUUAUCUAUACAGAAGAAGGAACGGGAAAAUCUCGAAUAAUGUUGGAUUUCUCUCCUUAAGCCCAAAACUAAUCAAAUCAUAAUCAAGCCUU